AUGAGCAGCCCUAUGAGCAUGGACGAAGAACUGCCUGAAGGCUGGACGAAACAUUUCUCGAACAGUUGGAAGAGGAUGGUGGCGGAGACGGAGAUGAAGGAGAAGAUGAUGAUUCAGAUGAAUUUUGAGAUGAUCAUGUGGACAGCUCCUGAUAAGGAGCAUUCACAGAGGCAUUACUACUUCAAUUCAAAGACGGGAAAGCAAAGCUGGGAACACCCGAACAAGAUGGGAGUGGGAUCGGACUCUGAGACGACUCCGAAAUUCGAUACGUCCGAGGGUGAGGAGUUGGAGUGCCGUCAAGGGCCAUUGCUGAUCUUAACUGCAGUGAAGCACCCGCGUCAAAGCAUCGGGAAUCAGCAGAUGUUAGCUCCGGGAGAGAUGAGCCAAGAAGACACGCCCGAGAUCGCUGUCCUAAGAGACAAGCAAGUCAAGAGCCUGCUGUCAACUGUCCGGCAGGAGGACCCGCUGAUUCCCUCCAAUGCCGGAGUGGAUAGCUGCCUACACAGAGAACUUCUCAAAGCCGGCAUGGACCCCUCUGAAUCCGAAUCAACCUGCAAGCAGCUGUCGGAAGCAGCGACUGAAGCGGCCAAGGACGAGGUUGACACCCAAGUCAAGUUGAUUCGGUCGGCAGUUACCGAGAAGGAGUUGCAGAAUCGUCAGAUCCAGAUCAUGUGGAGAGACACCAUGCUGGUCAUCAACCGCGAUCACUACCUCAAGGUCAAGAGGAUGUAUGACGAGCAGGGAAACGAUCCACAGUUGUUCCUCGUCCGCCUUUUCUGCCUCCUUCAGAGAUACGAAUCGAUCGGAGGAGCAGGAUAUCAGAAUUUCGGGGUAGCUCAUGAGUGUUUUGCCUCACCCUUGAACUCGACCCUGCCGUCGUUCGGAUCUGCUUUCUUCGACACAGACAUGUUCUUUGGAAGCAGGGGGAGUUUCUUCGACAUAAAUCGUUGGACUGAUCGGGGUAGGCUGGACUUCUUCAAGGGCGGAUCGUUCGAGGCCAACCCUCCCUUCGUCGAAGAGUCGAUGCAGCUCAUGUCGGAAACGAUCGAAGUAGUCCUGCAGAAGACGGAGGAGCACAGUCUGCCCGCCUCCUUCAUUGUGAUCGUUCCGGCGUGGACGGAUGAGAGGGCCCAUGAGAUCAUGAGGGAGAGCAGAUUUUGCCAGAAAUUGAUUGUGCUCGAGAAGAGCCAGCACUCAUAUCGCUCCGGCACUCAGCACAACAGCAUCCAACAGUACCAUGACGCGGGCUUCAGAACCUCAAUAUUCUUUCUUCAAAACACGCAAGGCGCGCAGAAGUGGCCGGGCGAGGAGGUGGAAGUAUAG